AGACGGAAAGGGCGAAAAAAGAGUGGCAGGCCGAUCAACGGCGUAAAGAACGUGGGCUAUUGACUUGGCAAUCAAAAAGAGUGUAAUACUCGACAGACGUCAAGUCGUGAAAGUUGGAUGCUAGGUCAUACAAGAAAGAGAGCGCACGAGAGGAAAGAAGAGGAAGGAAGGUGAAGAGGUUCAGAUGAGCGAAUGACUGUUGGCGGAAGGAGAUUGGGUGGGAGAUUGGCAGGCAACAACGCGCAUAGCAGAAUGCAAAUCGAAGUGGAGCUCCCAGGCUUGGGGCAAUGGGAGUGGGUAGGAGACUUUCUUUCCCCUCCCAGUCGGAAUGCCUGCAAGUCACUGGGUAGACGACUCAGAGUGGACGAUUCCACACCGGGGCAUCCAGCUGUAACGUCCGGAGGGACCAGGCGUGGGUGGCUGCCAGGUACAGAACAGAGGGAGCCAGCGCAAGUGACAGGGGAAAGUCAGGGGAGAACCGUGGAUGCAGGUGAGGGAGGAAGAGGAAGUAAGGUAGGACACAGCAGAAGGGGAGAAAGGGAGAGAAAAGAAGGAAAGAGAGAAGAGAAGGAGGACCCGGGUAAGCUAAUCAAUCAGUCAAUCAAUCAAUUAAUAUUUAAUGAGAAGCAGAAGAAGGGAUAAAUUAAAGCGACCGACAAGAUGAUGGAGUAGAGUUGAGGGAGAUGGAGAGGGGGGGAGCGACGGAGAGAGUGAAAGAGAGCGAGACUGAGGGAGACUGAGGGAGGGAGACCUGCAAGUACGGGUGGGAGAAGAGACUAGGCCUGAAAGAAGAGGUG